CUGUCACAUCUGAGAAACUGGGAUGAAAUGACGCUCUUUUCUCACCCUGCGGCCUCAUCCCAGCAGUGAUCUGUGUUCUGUUUGACCUGGUCGCCAUGACGGCACCUGCACCUCGAAUCUUCCACCUCUUCCUCAUCGUCCUUCUCCUCUUCAGCUCGGUCUUGCCUCUGUUCUAUCGCCGCCUCCUGGACCGGGAGCUGGUUCUUUGUGCGCCGGCUCCUCGGAGGAAUCUCACCGUGCUCCUGUGGCACUGGCCAUUCGGCCGCUCCUACCGGCUGGACGGCAACCGAUGCCUCGCCAAGUACAACAUCAGCCACUGCUUCCUGACCGACGACCCCUCCGCCUUCCCCGAGGCCGACGUGGUGGUGUUCCACCACCAGGAGCUGAGCCGCUCGGCUCCGCCCCUGCACCUGCCCCGCCCCGCCUCCCAGCACUGGGUGUGGCUGUCCCUGGAGCCCCCCGCCCACAACACCAACCUCUCGCAGCUCAACGGGCUUUUCAACUGGACGAUGAGCUACAGGCGCGACGCCGACGUCUUCGUCCCGUACGGGAAGACGGUGGUGGGGGGAAACGAGCCACACUUCCAGGUCUCUACAAACCGCUCCUGCCUGGUCGGCUGGGUCAUCAGCAGGUACCAGGCUCGCCAGGCUCGAGCCAGGGUUUACCAUCGCCUGAAGAGGUUGGUCCCCAUUGAGGUUUACGGCAGGUGGAAGAGGAAACCUCUGCCCAGCGGGAAGCUGCUGCCCACGAUCGCCAAGUGCCUGUUUUAUUUGUCCUUCGAGAACUCCGAGGCAAAGGACUACAUCACCGAGAAACUGUGGAGGAACGCCUUCCAAGCUGGGGCCGUACCUGUGGUCCUCGGCCCCAGCAGGGCCACGUAUGAGUCCCUGGCCCCCCCUCACUCCUUCAUCCAUGUCUCUGAUUUUAAUAGCACAGAAGAUCUGGCUGCUUAUCUGAAAGAGCUGGCAGCUGACAGGAAGGCCUACGAGGAGUACUUCCUGUGGCGCCGCACUCACUCCAUCAAGACCUACACCGACUGGAGGGAACGCUUGUGUCAGAUCUGCCUCCAGCAUCCACAUCUGCCCACCAGGAAGGUCUACCAGGACCUGGAGCGCUGGGUUCACAGCACGGACUCGGACUGAGAUUCAUCACUGAGAUUCAUAAAUACUGAAAAAUGUCGUUUGGAUUCUCUCGAUCAUUCAAACUGCGGUGGCUUUGCAAAG